GUGCUGUGGCGCAGAGCUGAGGAGGGCGCUUGGCCCUCGCGUCUGCCUUUUUCGUCUCUGCAGCCUCCGUGAGGUCUGCCCUGCUCUGGUGUCCUCCCGCACAAUGUGGAUGACGCCCAAAAGGAGCAGGAUGGACAUCGACGAGUCUCGGGUUUUCCGGCCCGAGUGGACCCAGUGUUACUUGGUGGUGGAGGCCCCGGAGGGCAACGGGGCCCUGUGCCUGGUGUGUCGCCGCCUCAUCGUAGCCACCCGCGAGCGCGACGUCCGGCGCCACUACGAGGCCGAGCACGAAUACUAUGAUCGGUAUGCGGCGGAGGGCGAGCGCGCGGCCCUGGUGGAGCGUCUGCGUCAGGGCGAUUUGCCCGUGGCCGCCCAGCUGACCCCGGAGGAGAGGGCUGCCCGUGCAGGCCUCGGGCUUGCCCGCCUCCUGGCCUUGAAGGGCCGCGGCUGGGGUGAGGGGGACUUCGUGUACCAGUGCGUGGAGGUGAUGCUGAGAGAGGCGCUGCCAGAGCACGUAGGCGUUCUGGAGGGCAUUGAUUUAUCUCCAGAGACCACAGCGCAGAGGGUCCGGAGCAUUGACAGGAAUCUACGCGCUCAGCUUUUUAAGCGAGCCAGGGACUUUAAAGCCUAUUCCCUUGCCUUGGACGACCAAGCUUUUGUGGCCUAUGAGAACUAUCUCCUGGUCUUUAUCCGCGGCGUGGGCCACGACUUGGAGGUGCAAGAAGAGCUUCUUACCAUAGUCAAUCUGACUCAUCACUUCAGUGUUGGUGCGCUGAUGGCGGCAAUCCUAGAGGCCCUGCAGACAGCAGGGCUCAGCCUGCAGCGAAUGGUCGGGCUGACCACGACCCACACUUUGAGGAUGAUUGGCGAGAACUCAGGGUUGGUCUCAUAUAUGAGAGAAAAGGCUGUAAGCCCCAACUGUUGGAAUGUUAUUCAUUAUUCAGGAUUUCUUCACUUGGAACUGUUGAGCUCCUACGAUGUAGAUGUUAAUCAGAUCAUAAAUACCAUAUCCGAAUGGAUAGUCUUGAUUAAGACCAGAGGUGUUAGGCGACCCGAGUUUCAGGCUUUACUGACGGAGUGUGAAUCAGAGCAUGGUGAAAGGGUUAAUGGACGAUGUCUGAACAAUUGGCUUAGAAGAGGGAAAACUUUAAAACUAAUCUUUUCCGUAAGAAAAGAGAUAGAGGCAUUCUUAGUUUCAAUAGGGGCUACCACAGUCCAUUUCACAGACAAGCAAUGGCUUUGUGACUUUGGCUUUUUAGUGGAUAUUAUGGACCACCUUGGAGAACUCAGUGAAGAACUGCGAGUUAGUAAAGUCUUCGCUGCUGCUGCCUUUGAUCAUAUUUGUACCUUUGAAGUUAAGCUGAAUUUACUUCAGAGACACAUUGAGGAAGAAAAUCUAACACACUUCGCUUCCUUCAGAGAAGUUGUUGAUGAGCUUAAACAGCACCUUAAAGAUGAUCAAAAAAUAUUUGAUCCUGACAGGUAUCGAGUGGUGAUCUGUCGCUUGCAAAGGGAAUUUGAGAGGCAUUUCAAGGACCUUAGAUUCAUUAAAAAGGACUUAGAACUUUUCUCAAAUCCGUUUAACUUUAAACCUGAAUAUGCACCUAUUUCAAUAAGGAUGGAGCUAACGAAACUUCAGUCAAAUACUAACCUUUGGAAUGAAUACAGAAUCAAAGAUUUGGGGCAGUUCUAUGCUGGAUUGUCUGCUGACUCUUAUCCAAUUAUCAAAGGGGUUGCCUGUAAGGUGGCAUCCUUGUUUGAUAGUAGCCAAAUCUGUGAAAAGGCUUUUUCAUAUUUGACUCGAAAUCAACAUACUUUGAGCCAGCCAUUGACAGAUGAGCAUCUCCAAGCCCUGUUUCGGAUUGCCACAACUGAAAUGGAGCCCCACUGGGAUGAUCUUGUGAGAGGAAGAAAUGAAUCUAAUCCAUAAACCUUUGUAGUACAGCAUUGAAAAACUCAAUCAGAAUUCAAUUCUAAAAGCAAAAAGUGGCUUGAUUUUUCGUGUUUACUAAUUUGGAUUGUGGGAAAGCACAAGGUUUAUUACAAGACGUCCAAAUUGAUCAGGAUUCGUUCUGACAGUUGCCUUUUUUUUUUUUUUUUCAGUCUCAAAAGCAGCAUGGGACUAAAACAUGAGAACACCACCUUUUUUAAAAUUUAAUGACAGUUGUUGUCUUUUGCUUUUAUGAUAUAAUUGUUUUUGAAGAAGGGUAGUACUGAUAAUGGGAGUUGAAAGUCUGUUUUUAAGGUGUUCUGAAGAUACAUGCCAAAUGCUUUAGCCCUUAUUUAAUGAAGUGUUACAAUCAGUCUGAAAUCUAUAUAUGAACCAAUUUGCAGCAACUCACAUAGCAAGUUCAGAAGGUUCCAGAAAGGAAGAACUCACAUACAGUGGAGGUAUUUUAUCAAAAUGUACAGAAGGUUAGCUCUGUCAGAAAGGAUGAGGAAAAAAGAUUUCUGCACUCCAGAAUCAGGAGAUGUGAGAUAUUUUAACUUAUUUCCUAUUUGCUUGGGUAUUACAGCUUUAUAAAGAAAUCCUGCUUAAAGGGAAUCUUUUAUUUUAAAGUGAUGUAAUAUAUUUGUCAGCUGCUGGAAAUGGAUUUAUUCUGAAUUUGAAAUUGUCCCACACAUUCUGUAUUUAAGACAGUGCACAAGUAGAAGUAUUUAACUCCCAAGAAGCAGCCUUAUUCACAGAUUACAGCAGUUCUGUGUUUCCAGUAAGACAUCUGCUUUGUGCCGAAACGGUAAUUUUCAAGCUUAUGUUAACCAUGAAAGGAAAUUAUACAGUAAAGCCCAAUAUGUAAAACUGAUUUAAUAACGGGACCCAACUUGCAUUCAUAGAUGCUCACGUACGAUUCGAAAACUAUUGUGCUAAAGUCCUGUCGUAACUGUUGCAACACUAUGUGAUCACUAAUCUAGCACAUUCAAGGAACCGUGAUACAACAAGAACCUAGAA